UCGCUCGCCGCCCUCCCGCCCGCCGCCUUCGUCUCCCGCCGUCGCCCCACGCGCGCCCCUUCCCCGUUAACCGCCGCCCGGCCCGUCAAGCGAAGCCGGGUGGUACGAUCGUCGUCGCCCCCGAUCUUUCCGUGAGGCGGGCGUCCGGCCGGACCCUGAGCCUCGCCCUCUCGCGCUGCGGCCGCGCGCGCCUCCUCGGUCUCCUGUCCGGCAUGAAAACCAAGUUCUGCACCGGGGGCGAGGCGGAGCCUUCGCCGCUCGGGUUGCUGCUGAGCUGCGGUGGCGGGAGCGCGGCCCCGGCGCCAGGCGUGGGGCAGCAGCGCGACGCAGCCACGGAGCUGGAGGCGAAGCAUCUGGGCGGACGGCAGCCGCCGCCGCCGCCGCCCCUGCCGCUGCCUCCGCCGCCGCCCCUGACGCCCGCGGACGAGCAGCCCGAGCCCCGGACGCGGCGCCGGGCCUACCUGUGGUGCAAGGAGUUCCUGCCCGGAGCCUGGCGGGGCCUUCGCGAGGACCAGUUCCACAUCAGUGUCAUCAGGGGCGGCCUCAGCAACAUGCUGUUCCAGUGCUCCUUACCCGACACCAUAGCCAGCAUUGGCGACGAGCCUCGGACAGUGCUCCUGAGGCUGUAUGGAGCAAUUUUAAAGAUGGUAUUUUUGAUAAAGCUGUGGAAUGGAAAGAGGUCCUGUAAUAAAGAGGGAUCCGAACAAGCUCAGAAAGAAAAUGAAUUUCAAGGUGCCGAAGCCAUGGUUCUGGAAAGCGUUAUGUUUGCCAUUCUCGCAGAAAGGUCACUUGGGCCAAAACUCUAUGGCAUCUUUCCCCAAGGCCGACUUGAACAAUUCAUCCCGAGUCGACGAUUAGAAACUGAAGAACUAAGUUCACCAGAUAUUUCUGCAGAAAUAGCUGAGAAAAUGGCCACAUUUCAUGGUAUGAAAAUGCCAUUCAAUAAGGAACCAAAAUGGCUUUUUGGAACAAUGGAAAAAUACCUGAAUCAAGUACUGAAAAUUAAAUUUACUGGGGAGGCCAGAGUUCAGCAGCUCCACAAGUUUCUCAGUUAUAACCUGCCCAUGGAGCUUGAGAGCCUGAGGUCAUUGCUGGUGUCCACUCCAUCUCCAGUUGUAUUUUGUCAUAAUGACUGUCAAGAAGGAAAUAUCCUACUUCUGGAAGGCCAAGAGAAUUCUCAAAAACAGAGGCUGAUGCUCAUUGACUUUGAAUACAGCAGUUACAAUUACAGGGGAUUUGACAUUGGGAAUCAUUUCUGUGAAUGGAUGUAUGAUUACUCUUAUGAAAAGUACCCUUUUUUCCAAGCAAACAUUCAGAAGUAUCCCACUCGGAAGCAACAGCUCCAUUUUAUUUCCAGUUACUUGACUACAUUCCAAAGUGACUUUAAAAACCUCAGCAGUGAAGAACAAUCUGUUAUUGAAGAAGAAAUGUUGAUUGAAAUCAAUAGGUUUGCUCUUGCCUCCCAUUUCUUCUGGGGACUUUGGUCCAUUGUGCAGGCCAAAAUUUCAUCCAUUGAAUUUGGCUACAUGGAAUAUGCCCAAGCCAGGUUUGAUGCCUAUUUUGACCAGAAGAGGAAGCUUGGAGUGUGAGUGGGAAGACUGUGCCCUUUACCACUGGACUGCGGGAGGCAGCUGCGUGGGCCCUCUGUGCUGCUGUGACCAUUGCCCCUGGGCGGAAGGCCUUGGACAUCCCACUACUGAGCACCGGUGUAUGAUACUACAGACUGUAUUAAAGUGGAGUAACAUUUCUUUCAUACUUUGUUUACGCUCUCACUAGGACUCUGAAAACAUGAUUGGGAAGCAGAAAUAUAGUGCAAUAGUGCAAUAUCUCAGAACCUUCUAAUCUGGAGGCCUAUGUGAAGGGCUACAGCGACAGCAGUGUUGCUACAUUAGUCCAGUUAAAGCUGCAGCACGUCAUGACCAAGCCCUUUGUAGGUGACGUGUCAUAGAUGGUCCUUGCAAAUGAGCAGGCAUACUGUGAAGUGGCUGCACAGCUGAGCCGAGUUGCCGAGUUGUGGAGUCUGUGCAGGGGUAGCCUGGCCUAUCUCACAAGUCUGUGGGCCAGACUGCAGCUCAGCAGGGUGCACAUGAGCUGUGGGGAGUGUGUCUGCAGAUGGUGGACGUGGCCUUCCUAUGCCUGGGAUACAUAGAACUGUAUGGACUAGCAUCACUGUAGCUAACUGGGUGUGCUUUUAUAGCUCCAGCUUCUGGCUGUGGGGAGCCUCUUGGGAGCAGGCUGUAGCCCAUCCCUCAGCCAUUCUUGCCUUCCCUCUGCCUGGGUCUGGGGUUCUGCCUCUCACGGCCCCUGGCCCUUGGCUCUGUGAGGGGCCUGCGUUCCCAGUCUCACGCCUCUCAUCUCUGAUGUCACUGUAAAGAAAGACAGCAGCUGUAUGUGAGGUGUGGGUCAGAUGGAGCAGAGCUGUGAAUCCAUGUAUAUUAAAUGUCCAAUGGGAUAAAUCUUAAGACUUUUUUUUACUCUGAACUUUGAAUUGUUUUGUGCAUAUAUUUCUGCUACCAGAGACUGUAUUAUACAGAUAAAUAAACAAAUUACAAUCCAA